GGAAAUCACCGCUCACUAGGCUGAGAAUCUCUCUGUUCCUAUAAGUAAAAAAGAUCAUAUGGAUCUCACCACUGCAGCUUUCACUUGUUCCCAUAUUACUUUGGGUGGAGCAUCCAGGUCCCCUUUUCUCCCUCUCUCUCCCUCGACUGGUGGGAAUUGCGGGGGAGGGGGGGGGGGGGUGAGUGAGAAACGCGAGUCUCUGUCACACUUUCUGACGAUGAAUCAGUAGACUACUAACUGGUGCAGAGUUUAGUUGAUCGCAGACGUGGUUUUAACCAUUACCGGUAGUUCUGGAUGCUUUGUACGAUUCCGGUUUGGAUAUCUUAGAAGCAUUCAGACAAGUUUUUAAACUAUAAUUGACAGAAAUGGAUACAGAAGCUUCAACAAGACGCAAAGUUAUGUUUGAGGAAAAGGACCAUGGAAAAUACAAGUGCCAGACUUGUGACGAGUGUUGCUUUCUUAAGAAUCUUCAAAGAGAAGGCAGUGAGCGACCCUCUGAUUGUCAGAAUCUAGUGCUUCCUCCUCCCCCUCCGUGGUUCGACAAGGAGAAAUUCCGAAGAGGCCAGCUGUGGUUCCAGAGUAACUUCUUGUGCGUGAUAGUAAGCAACUUGAUAGGACUACUGUGCCUUCUAAGUUGCGAAUCCAUUUUGAAGGUUCUGGCCUUUACUAGAAGGUCGUCUGAUAUUGGCAAGGCAUACAAGAGGUACCUCCAUACUGUAAAUCACGUUAGACUCUGGUAUUCUCAAGAUAUCUUUGACCCUAGUACUAGGGCAUCAAAAUCCAUCCAGCUGGUGAGACGAAUGCACACAGUUUCUCACAUGGAUGCCAGGAAUGCCCAGAUAGCAAUGCCCUCGCAGGUAGACAUGGUUGUGACUCAGUGGGCCUUCUUUGGCUUGGUCUUGACGCACGGGCAGCAAUUGGGCAUCAAAGGCACGAAGGUUGACGAAGAGGCAUUCGUUCACUUUUGGAAGACGAUUGGAUACCUCAUGGGUAUAGAAGAUAGAUUCAACCUUGCCUUUGGGAGUGUGGACGAAGUGAGGAGAAACUGUCAUGCCAUCGUUCAUCAGAUGAUAAUCCCGUCAAUGAAGACUCCUCCUGAGGGCUUUGCUGCCAUGUCUGAUGCCCUGCUGGUUGGGGUCCAUCUCAUGGUCCCUCCUGUCGACCCUUCGGCGUUUAUGAACUUCACCAAGGGCCUCUUGGGAUUGGAGGAGGAUCUGCGGAGUCUAACAGUCUACUCUAGGUUUAUUUUAAAUAUUAUGAUGUGGAAUUUUAAUACGUGGCUCUACAUCCCAGUGCUUGGAGAUUUUCUUCGGCGCACGGAGAAUGGCCUCCUCAACUUCGCCCUCUUUGUGUGCAAUAUCCUUCCAAUGGUUCCUAGGUAUCCCUCUGUCACAGAGAGGAUUGUCAGCUUGUGGCGACAGCUGUUCAGAUAUAUUGUGGGGGUUGCCAAAGACAUAUGGGUUAUGUUAAGAGUACGUCAUUCCUAAUGUUUAAACAGUGUAAUUUACCUUACAUGCAACGCAUUUACUAAAUGACUGUGAUAGCACUGUAAUUCCUAUGUAGUAUAAUAUGCAUGUUGACAUUUCUAGACUAGGCACUUUGUGUAUCUCAGAUGAUGAUGGCUGCAACUUUCAUGCAGUUUCUAUAGUUUAGGUAAGUUGAAGUAUUAUUUUUAAAAAGACAGUAAGAUCCUUGUUCGUGGAUUUUACUCUUAGAUUUAUGAAUGACUUCACUUUCAUGUUCAAGAUGUAAAACUAUAAAAAAAUUCUGUUUCAGACAUACAUACAGAUUCUUGCUGUGUGACAUGUCGUGGUCAAAUUAUUUUUUAUACUCUGUUCUUAGAAAUUCAGGUCAUUACGGAACUUAUUUUAAAAGACAGCCAAUUGAUAUUUCUGAACAGAGUAUUGCGCUAUAGUAGAUUCACAUGAACCGUGCAUUUGAUGUCUGGGCCUGUCCCUUACCACGCUUCUGAUUGGCUGUUGGUAAGCCAAUCACAGGACUGGAAACUGACUCGAGAGAGAGUUUACAUGUUUAGUGUCUAUGUUCCACCUCUCCUGAGGUAUACGUCCUUCCAAAGUAUCCCUCAGGAGAGGUGGAUCAUACGUCUGGCCUAUGUGAACUCUCGAGAGAGACUGAGAGUUUCCAACCCUGUGACUGGCUUAUCAACAGCCAGUCAGGAGCGUCGUAAGAGGCUGGCCUAGACAUCAAAUGCACGGUUGAUGUGAAUCUACUAUAGUAAUGUAUUUUUGAACUGACAAAGUAUUGUACUUAGUAUUGAAGUCAGAGGGAUACCUCCAGUAUUGUAGCAAGGACGAAAGGUGUGGAUUAAACGUUUUAAAAAAUUGUAUGAAAUUUAAUGCAGUAUAUGAAGGAUACCUCAAUUAAUUACUUUAAAUAGGAUUCUGAGGAAACCUGAAAGCUCAGAAGUCACAGUUUGUGAUGAAAAGAAUUUUGUGGGUUGUAUAUUGUUAGAUGGGCAUCCAUGCCUGAAAGACUUCGGGCGGAGGCUUUUAAGAAAAAUGUUUUGUUUAGCACCAUCUUGAAUAAAUUUCUAUCCAGUACGCCUCACAGUUGGUUACAUUUUGCCACGUGCAUUGAAAAUCGUGCAGCAGUACUUUUGGAGAAGAAUUUUCAUGAAUAAUCAGGAAAAGUCGAAAAACAACCCCUGACUCGGCCUCGAGCAAUGUUACCCCUAACGAAAGGAAGCUCUACUGCUAGCGUUUAGACAUAGAAGCACACGCUCAUCUUUUGUUGAAAGAUAACAAAUCAGCCUAGCUCGUCAGGCCUUACAAUGUUUUCUGUAGAACGGAUAAUAAAAGGUAAAAACUGUU